AAGACACCGUUAGCUCACAUCGGGCUGACUGUAUGUGUUCAUGAAACUGUGACUCGUUACACUGGCCCUUUAAAAACAAAGCGUCCCCCCCGAGCUCAGUCCCAACUGUCGACCAGCGGCCACGUACGGCUCCGUGCGUCAACCGUUAUCCCACGGUCCCGGUAGUUAAGGGGCUAACGGCUUCUACCGGUCAACACUUUACCGACACAUUCGCGAGUUGGACUACUUUAAAGUACUUUUUAAAAAAUUGUUCUGGUGCGGAGGACGUCGUUUUGAAUGAAGGUUCCCCGCUGGGACUGUAAAGCAGGAGGAGGAGGAGGAGGGGGGCAGUUCGCAGGGUCGUCCGGGCGAUCUGAUCUGGGAUCUGCUCACAUUCAUAACCAGACAGACGGCGGCUUGUUGGAGCGGAGCUCGGACGCUUUCUCCGAGGAGGACGCGGAGUCUUUAACUUUUUAAGUCUCUACGCAGGACCACGAUACAGAAGGGGGAAGUUUGGUAGAGGAGGAAAGUUUCACCCUGCACCCUCGUCUCCUGUCAAGACGACGAGCGGCUGAAGCCGGACCCACAGAGUAUCUUCAACAUGGAUAAAUACGAGGAUUUAGGACUCGAGGCGAGUAAGUUCAUCGAGGACCUCAACAUGUACGAAGCCUCCAGAGACGGCUUGUUUCGGAUGAGGAGGGACGCAGGAAACAACCCCGACUUUGAGGAGACGAGAAGAGUGUUCGCCACGAAGAUGAGUAAGAUACACAUGCAGAAGCAGCAGGAGGAGAUGGCAAAGAACAACCAGGCCAUCAAAAUGAAUGGUGGGGCCCACAACAACUCGUACUACACCAAAGACAGACCGCCCAUCAAUAGUUACAGGCAGCCGUGCGAAGCGGCGGCGAAGCCCCCGAUGCUCUCCGGCCCGGUGCCGGCCACCGCGGCUGGGGGUCAGUACGCGCAGUUUGACGGCCAGAAACACCACGCAGGCAUCCAGUCUGAACUUCCAGUAGGCCGGGCGUGUGGCUACGGAAACAAUUACGAUAAUAAGGAGCGUUCUGAGCCUCAUUCAUACCAGCACAACACCCCUUCUCCCCCCAGCCCAGGAAACGCGUCUCUCAACGCGCCCACACAUGCUCGUUACCCGGCCAGCCAGCCGGCUGCCUGGGCCCCAUCCAGAGAGAGCCAGCUUUCCCCACCUUUGUCCUGGUCUGGGGGCAGCAGUGCGUCUAAGCAGCAGCCCCAGCGCCAGUCUGCACCUUCCACCGCCAACAGCCUUCCAUCCCAGCAGAUUCUGUCCGUCCCCACGCCUUUAAACGGGCCGGCCAGGGGAUGGUCUGGAGAGCCACCUGGCUCAGAAAAACCUGAACUCACCCCGGCCCUGCCUCUGAGUGCCUUCAUGGCAGGAGCUGACUUCCAAAUGCAGCUACCCUCCACACAUUCUGCAGCCCAUUACGCAGCAUCUUCUCCAACUUCAAGACCCUCCACCAGCCAUAAUGGUCCUCUGGCAGCAUCCUCGCUCUCACCUGAACCUUUUGAAACACCUCCACCCAAAUCCCAGCUGGCAUCUGCCACCUUGAUUCCCGGCAAUGUGUCCAAAAGCAGCAGCCAGGGUCAAGGACAGAGCCAAAUACCAGUGUGUGGACAUGCAUUCGGAGCUGAAGCUGAAAUCCUGGGCCCCUCCAAGCUUCUCCAACUACCCUGCCAGUCUCUCAGCGCACAGCCCCCUGAACAGGGGCCUUCAGCAGCUGAAAUGAAGUUAGAAGCCCUCACCAAUCGACUGGAAAAAGAGAUGGAUGCCCAACCAAAGACUGACUACUUUGGCGUCUGUGUUAAGUGCAACAAGGCGGUGUAUGGAGCCAGCCAGGCCUGCCAAGCUAUGGGAAGCCUCUACCAUGACAGCUGCUUCACCUGCAGCGCCUGCAGUCGAAGGCUGAGGGGGAAGGCGUUCUACUACGUCGGAGGGAGGGUUUUCUGUGAAGAGGACUUUCUGUACUCCGGUUUCCAGCAGUCUGCAGACAAGUGCAACGCAUGUGGACAUCUGAUCAUGGACAUGAUCCUGCAGGCCCUCGGGAAGUCUUACCACCCUGGCUGUUUCCGCUGUGUCAUCUGUAAUGAGAGCCUUGACGGAGUGCCCUUCACUGUGGACACUGAAAAUAAGAUCUACUGUCUCAAAGACUACCACAGGGUCCUGGCGCCGAAAUGUGUGGCGUGUAACCAGCCCAUCCUGCCCUCAGAGGGGUCAGAUGAAACCAUUCGAGUUGUAUCCAUGGACAAAGACUACCAUGUGGAAUGCUAUCACUGUGAGGCCUGUAAGAUGGAGCUGAACGACGAGGAGGGUCACCGCUGCUACCCUCUGAACGGCCACCUUCUCUGCCACUCCUGCCACCUGAAGCACACGGAGCCUGGCUGCCCUUCUCCUGUCGCUGCCGCCGCCGCCUACUGACACUUCAGUGGGCGGAGGGCGACCCCUGGUGGAUGUGUGGAGGAACUGCCAAAGCGGGACUGACAGCGGGAGUCGUCGACGUGUGCAAUUCUUGUUGUAAAGGAUUGAUUAGUGCAACGCGUCAGAUCACACUGUGGUUGGAUGUGCAUGUACACAGGAAUGUCAAUGAAGUGUCUAUGAUGCCUCGAGAUGUUUUCACCCAAUAAUGAAGGAUGGUGAAACACCAAAAGUCAGUGAAGCAUUGCGUUAGACCCACUGCAUAUGGACUUUGUGUGGCCAUAGGUUUAAAAAAAAAAAAAGAAUGUAAAUAUCAAUUGCAUUGGCUGUGUAAAUAUCUGGUAGUCAACUCAUUUUUAGAAACGAUGUACCUUCAACUUCAAGUUCAAGUCAUUCAAAAGUGACUCAUUUUCUGUAUCAAAUGAUAACUCUUUAGCAUGACCAUUCCAUAGAAAUAUUUAAGAACACCCUUAUCCCACAGGUCACAAUGCCGCUGUGCGCUGAGGGCCGACCAGUUCAUAUAAAACAGUUGCAUGACUUUUCCAUUUUUGUCAAGUCGGGCAAGAAUGCUUCAGAGAGCCGGCUAAAAUGUUCUAAAUGAAUCAACGGCCACAAUUUGUCAAACGCAGUCUGUUCGAAGCACUUAAAACUAGAUGUGUGAGUUGUUGAUGCAACUAUGAAGAGGUUGGUAUUCGGCUUGUAGAUCCAUGUCUUUUGUUACUUUUGCAAACAUAUUUUAAAAGUUAUAUAUUGCCCUAUAUUCAUUUACUUUUUUUUCAUUCUGACUUUCAUGCAAAACCCCUUAAACACUAAUUUGAUUUGCAGUGGGAGUUACAGUUUUUGAUUUGCCAUCCAAAUUGUAUUCAUGUCUUUAGUUUACUAACUAAAACAUCGCUUGUCAUUUGAGUUCCUUUUUCAUAACUAUGUAGAUUGAGAUUAAGAGCAUCAUACCAUAUGUGCUAUAUGAGUGUUGGAAAGAACAUAUUUAAUAAAUGCAUUGCAAUAGGACAAA